GCGGGCGGCCAAGGCGAGCGGAGCAGGGCCGCUAAAAUUUGGGGGGGAACAGCCUUCGCCCUGGAGCGGUGCGCGAUGCUGUCUCACGCCGACCUCCUGGACGCCCGUCUCGGGAUGAAAGACGCGGCCGAGCUGCUGGGACACCGGGAAGCGGUCAAGUGUCGGCUGGGCGUCGGGGGCUCGGAUCCGGGGGGACACCCGGGAGACAUGGCUCCCAACUCGGACACGGUGGAAGGGACCACCCUGCUGCCGGGGGAGGACAUCACCACGGUGGGAUCCAACCCCAGCUCCCUAGCCGUCAGCGCCAAAGACCCUGACAAGCAGCAAGGCCAACAGGGCGGCCAGAACUCCAGCCAGGCCGGGCAGCAGCAGGGUCAGCAGAAGCAGAAGCGGCACCGCACUCGCUUCACGCCGGCGCAGCUCAACGAGCUAGAGAGGAGCUUCGCCAAGACUCACUACCCGGACAUCUUCAUGCGGGAGGAGCUGGCCCUGCGCAUCGGUCUCACCGAGUCCCGGGUGCAGGUCUGGUUCCAGAACCGCCGCGCCAAGUGGAAGAAGCGCAAGAAGACCACGAACGUGUUCCGCGCCCCGGGCACGCUGCUGCCGACGCCGGGGCUGCCGCAGUUUCCCUCGGCCGCCGCCGCCGCCGCCGCCGCCAUGGGGGACAGCCUGUGCUCCUUCCACGCCAACGACACGCGCUGGGCCGCCGCCGCCAUGCCCGGCGUGUCGCAGCUGCCGCUGCCGCCGGCGCUGGGACGGCAGCAAGCCAUGGCGCAGUCCCUAUCCCAGUGCAGCCUGGCGGCCGGCCCGCCGCCCAACUCCAUGGGCCUCUCCAACAGCCUGGCGGGCUCCAACGGCGCCGGGCUGCAGUCCCACCUCUACCAGCCCGCCUUCCCCGGCAUGGUGCCCGCCUCCCUGCCCGGUCCCAGCAACGUGACGGGCUCUCCCCAGCUCUGCAGCUCCCCGGACAGCAGCGACGUGUGGCGGGGAACCAGCAUCGCCUCCCUCCGCCGCAAAGCACUAGAGCACACAGUCUCCAUGAGUUUCACCUAAUGGCCGGCGCCUCUCC